CUUACCGAUGUGAUGUAAGUGAUUCAAAGCAGGAGCGCAAAGUUUACGCAGGAGACACGUCGAGUAUACUUCGUUUGUCGCAGCGCAUUUGAAUGCAUUUAGUUUUCAUUAAAAAUGGUGUUUGAAGAACAGUUAAUAAAGACCGUGCGAAAGCAUCCGAUUAUAUACGAUAAGUUGGCGGAUGGAUACAAUAGUAUGUUGGCUAGAGAGAGUGCUUGGGUAGAUAUUGGUGAAAAAAUAGGCCAAAAAGACAUUAAUUUUCUUAAAAAGAGAUGGAGAAGCUUACGUGACACCUUCAUAAAAUUCUACCGCAACGGAAAGACGCAAAAAUCAGUUGAAGGAAACUCUAGAAAAAAAAGAUGGCGAUAUUACGAUAUUAUGGAAUUUUUAAUACCUUACAUCGAACACAAAAUAAUAAUGAACGGUUUCAAAAGUACAGCUGUAGAAACAAAUAGUCAAAAUGAAUAUAGGGACGGCAAUGAAAUUCAUGGAGAAGAAUUACAAAGUGAAAGCCAAGAAAGCGCUGAAGCCGUGCUAGUUCAGGAUGAAAAUUCGAUUUUUCUGCAAAUGGAAGAUGACUGUAUUGAGGAGCCAACUAGCAAGAUACAUUGUUUACCGUUGGAAACCCUCAAUCCGUUAAUGGAUACUGCUGGAAAAUCUAAUGAUUCUGAUAUCCAUUUUCUUUUAAGUUGUACCUCAAGUUUAAAACGUUUGUCACCAAGAAAAAAUUUAUUAGCGCGUAUACAAAUACAAAAAUUACUGUAUGAAUUUGAAUAUGGCAAUCAAAAUUAUUACCACUAACACGAUGUUAGGUUUUUGCAGAUAAGUAUAUCAAACAGUGAGUGGUGAGAUGGAGGCUAAGCAACAUUACAAAUGUUAUAGUUAUAUCAAAUUUUAUACUAAUUUCAGUUAAUAAGUGUUAUGAAUAAUUUUAGUUGAAGUGUAUAGAAUUUUAUAUUCUUAAGUUUCUUGUAAAUAACUGAUAUCUAUACGUAAUUAUAAUAAAAGUAAUAUUAAUAUUAUUGAGAAGAAUUGAAAACUAAUACAAAGAACAUCUCACACUUCUCAUGGAUUUCGGUCACCGACAGAUUUUGUUUAAACUUUAGUAUAUUCUUUUAGAAGUCGA